UGGUCGCUGUGCAGACGGACCAGCGGGCAGGAGGAUUCGAACAGCGGACAUAGUGGAGCCUCUGCAGCCUCAGAGAGCAGAGGGGUCGUUUCAAUAUCGAAAGGUGACGCCGGACUAACAUCAGUACAAACAUCGCGGAGAACACUGCAGAUGGGACGCGUGUGUUUGUUCUUGGCACCGCUGCACAUCGCAAAGAAUCCAGCUUCACGUUGACGAUGCCGUGCGUUCGAUCCCCAGCAGCCCGCAGCCCGGAGUGUGUAAGUGACACGGCUGAAGGGAGCUGAGCUGCUCUGGCCGACACCUCCUGAUAUUUCCACCCGGACCUGCUGACAUGAGAGGGAGGCAGUGAUGGAGCUGCAGGAGUUGGCCUGGCUGUGUGUGGUGGCUCUCUUUCUGGCCUCCUUGCUUGUGGUGCUGAUCUGGCUGCUCCAGUACUUGCAGAGCGCACUGCGGCUCUGGAGAGCGAGGAAGACCCCCGGGUCGGACAGGGGAGCACCGGCCCUCUGCUUCACGCUGCCCCACCACAGCCUGGGCGGGGGUGUGUGGGGUUUCCUAAGGAAGCUCCGCCCGGGCCGGGAUGGAGGAGCCGCAGCUGAGGCCGGGGUCAAAGGCUUGUUGACCUCCCUGUUCUCCUUCAAGUCCUUCAGGGAGCACUGGCAGAAGACCUGGGUCAAAGCUCUGAACGAGCAGGCCUGCAAGCAUGGGAGUUCCAUCCAGAUCACUUUUGACAGCAGUCCACAGCUAGCGGCUGCCUCUUCAAUAGAUAGUGUGACCUUCACAGACCAGUCUGCAGACAGAAUGGUUUUACACUGUAACUGUUGGGUGGACAGUGUGACAUUUCCCGUGACCGUCACCCAGCAGUCACCUGCUGCCGUUUCCAUGGACACCUAUCAGAUCACCAUCGCACCUAUGAUGACAAAGGUGGUGGUGUGUCUGGAGGAGGUGGAGGACGAGGGUCUGCUGAUAUCCUGGACUCUCACCAAACAGCCGUCAUUUUCUCUGAGCGUGUCCCCGCGCAAGCUGCGGAGACAAGGGACAGAGGGUGGAGUGGACCUUAGCACGAUUAAGGGACUGAUAGAGGACACUCUGUUCAGCACUCAGCCAGCCAUGGUCCUCAACCUCAAGACCUGUGCUUCCAGUCCUUCGGCCCCCAUGGGCCUCCUGUCAGUGGGAUUGAACUCCCAGAGUGUCUUGGUGCGGCAACUGCAGCUCCGGCAGCUCCGAGCGACCUUAACUAAAGGUCAGUGGUCAACAUCAGAGGAGCUAUGCUGUGUCCUGAGUUUGGAUCCACCCUCCACAGAGAGGGCGACCGGCUUCCUGCCUGUGCCCGGCAACCCCAACACGCCACUGGAUUGGAGUGAAGAAAUUAGUCUGGAGCUGAGGCCAGACACCAAAGAGCUGAGAGUCAGACUUCUGGAGCGGAAUGGCAAGAGGGAACAAUUCCUGCCGGGUCACGCCUCCAUCGCCUUGGAUCUCCGCUGCAAAGUUCUCAGUGGACAACACACGUUGUCAAUAAGCCCCGGCCUCGGCUUGGCACCACACACUACUAUCACCGCAGAACUGCUGUAUGUGGAAACAGAGGAGCCGCGCAGCACCCACAAUGCUUUGCCACUUCGUUCCUCACUCACCCCGACCAAGAAAGUCGACGUGGACCGAACCAUCAUGCCAGAUGGAACCAUCAUCACCACGGUCACGACCGUUCAGUCUCGACUAAAAGUGGAACGCAGUCCAGGUGAAUCCCCUCUGCGAUCCCCAUCCAAAGUGGAGGUGACUGAGAAGAAACCCACCAUCCUGUGUGAUGGCGGCACCACCCCCAACCCGAGCAAAAGCAAUCGGCUCUCUAAUGGCCUGGAUCCUGUUGCAGAGACGGCCAUUCGCCAGCUGACGGAGUCUGCCUCCAAACUAGCUCGGAAGACCCCAACAAAAAGGAGCACGCUGAUCAUCUCGGGGGUGUCAAAGGUUCCACUCUCAGAGGACGACUGUGCAUUAUCAAGUGGCUACGCUGCAGCCAUGGAUGCCGCCAUGCACGGCAACCACUUCGGGGCGGGGCAUCACCAGGACCCAGAUGAAACUACACCCUCCGACGUGUCGGAGCGUCCGUCUGUGGACGAUGUGGAAUCAGAUACUGGUUCCGCUGGUGCCAUGGAAACCCGCAGCCUCAGAGACCACAAAGUGGGCUUUCUGCAGAGCGGGACAAAGAUGUUGUUCCGCAGGAGACAUCGAAAGAAGGAAUCCUGCCUCAGCCAAUCCCAUGAAGACAUCUCAAACAUGGGCAAUAACUUUGCUGCUGACGCAACCCUCUCCCGUAAAAAGUCUGGCAGUUUCUCUCGGCGUAUCAUCAAGCGCUUCUCUUUCCGCUCAUCAGGUAAAUCAAAAGACAAAGGCUCUGCCACCAACGGAGGAGCGAGCUCGCUGGAUAACUGAUCAUCAACGGCCUCAUCCUAACUCAACAGGAUUGCUUUAAAGCCUCUGUUGGGUCUGUCAGAACUAAACCUCAAGUCCAGACCAUGUCAGGUUGAAAGCCCCCGGAGGGUUAUCACCUGUACAUGUUGAAAGGAGGAAUCCUCUGGGAGGGCCUUCCACUGUGGUCAAACUAUCGCACCUUCAGAACGGAAGUCCUGUUUAAUCACAUCGCUGAGGUUUAAAUGUGAUUAUCUAUUUCUUUCAAGGAAAAAUCCGCUGCUGAGUGAAGUGAAAGAAAUAACUACAAUGAAAUGCUGUGUGCCCAGAGUGUUUGAUUGUGACCAAGGGUGGAAGCUCUUAAACUAAAAGGCCAGUAAAACAUUAUUGGUUGCACUUGUUCCUGGGUUGUAUAAAAUGUUUUUAUUUAUUAUGUGGUCCACAUCAAACAAGUGCUACUCAUUCCAUUCUCCCAGAAAAUGACUCAUCAUAUUUGCAUUAUCCUGUAAAUUAGAGACGUUGCCGUGUUUUCCAUGCACAUGUAAUUUUAUCACCUAGUUUUAAGUGAGUUAACAAGAACCUGUCUUUAAUUAGCUGUAAUGUCCAUUCAUGAUUGUUUAUAAAUUGGUUUUAGGAUGUGGUUAAAUGUUGUAUCUUACAUAAGAAGCAGAAAAGAUCAUAUAUUUAUUGUGCUUUAUAUUUUAUAAAAGGUACUUUAGUGGGAUUUCCUUUGAAGUGAAGCUCAUAAAUGCAUUUUAGUUUGCUUUGGAAACUUCUCUACACUACUCUCUCCACAAGACAGUAUUCUGUCAGGAAGAAAAACAGGAUCAAGUCCUGCUCACUUUGUAUCUAGUGUUGACUCUCAUAAGUGAAAUGUGCAGUUAAGCGCAUUGUAAACUUGAUGCUCCAUGUUGACGUUUUACUUCUGCAAUAACUAUCAUUACAGUGGAACAAGUUUGCAUACGGUAUAUUAUGUGACAUUUUCACAUGUGAUCGGCUCCUAAUUAUAAUCUAAACCUUACAAAACUUAUCGUGUCUGUAAGAUUUAGGAUUGUUAUCAUAUUGUGUUUCUUUUUAAACAGAUUUGACUCUCACAUGAGCGACCGCAGGGAAGUACUUUGAGACAUUUUGCCAAGGCAUCGCAAGCAACAAGAUUGUCAGAAUUAAUGACAAGGUAACGGGUAUAUUGGACCCACUCAGGGCAAGAAAAUAAAUUGCUUUAGCAACAAGAGAUAUAAUGAAAUAUACUGCAUCCUCAUAAGGCAAACAAUAAUUUAAAAUACAUCUUUGGACGUUUGUGAUUAGUCGGAGAAAAAGAGAAAUACUACAAUCAUCUGCAUCAAUUCAGAGAUCAAAUUAAAUAAUUUAAUCAAUAAAAGAAUAGCUGCUAAUCGAGAACACGUGGAGCCAAACACUGUCAAAGGGACUCUACUGAUCAUAAACCAUGUGCUUCACAAAAAUAAAACCAACUCAAAAUGCUGAAUAAACGAACAAAGCCACUUCGUUGACUAAAGGCACACUACAUGAUAUGUGGCUGGAAUGUGAACAGGAAGUUGCUGGAAAUUUUAAAAUGUGUUUAAUUUCUGUGGUAAUAUUUGAAAUGUUUAAUUUAUUGCAAAUAAAUUAUUUUUGAAGCUCAAUCGAUCUGUGAA